GUGUGUUGCCAUUUUACAUCCGGGAGACGAGAGGCGCAAUGUCCACCUUGAGCAGGUCCAAAAGCAACAUGUCACACGUUGAAUGCUCCUCUUAGAAGACUCUUGCUCUCAAUAAUAUCCAGCAGCCACUUCUCUGUGAAGCGAGUCCUCCCCGGCGUGUGUAUGAACCUAUUGGACUCCACUACGAAGUGCACCUCGACGGGCUCACUCGGCGAAGCGUCUUUAAGGACAUCCACGGCAAAGUAGACACUAGCCGACCCCUGAAUGGGCAUCUCCGGGGAAGGGGUGCUGAAUCGAGCCCGGUAGUGGUAGAAGAUGCGAUGCUCCUCUUCGGUCCAGCACAGGAAGUCCAAGCUAUAAAUCCAGCGCGGUUCUAACCGCCAUGAUUGGAUAUACUCCGCCAGCUGCUCUUUGCCCACCUCCACAGUUAGAUCCUGGGCAGCUACCCACUUGACGUGAUCAUCAGGGGGGUCCCGCUCUUUCCCACGCAGGAUUUUGAUAAGCUCGCACGAUUCUGCAGGUAGAUUCCGCAGGAGUGAAGUGGAAGAAGUUUGGGCACCCCUGGCAUAAACAAUCCGACGAUGUCUUGUUCCCAGUGAGCCAGCAGACGCAUGUCGCGGAUCAGGACCACCCUAGACAACGUCACCAAAGCAGUAGGAAGCAGAGACCUCGUUUCCAAGUUCUCCCGACACAAGCCGGUUGCGGUUGACGGCACCCAUGCGGAUAAAGUUAUGUCCAAAACCGACAAGGACCCGAAUGUAUUGCCACCCCCCGAAGCUGCCAUGGAAGAAGAACACACAGCAGAAGGCGAGGUUGAAGAGAAGCCUUUUGUUGCCGCGAAAAAGUCAAGCUCAACCUCUGAGACCUCAAAGCAAACAAUGCAGCUGUUCCACCCUGCAGGGCUUUCAACAAGCAUGGAUGAGACCUACAAGACAUUGGCCCAGCACAUUAACAGUUACUUUGGCAUGGGGGAAGACGGUGAAAGCAGGCCCCAGCAGCACAGUGAUCCCAAUCCUCAAAAACCUGCAGACCGCAUUCCAGUUUUAUCUCCAGUGGCAGCACCCAAAAGCACUGAAGCGCCUCCUCCAGCAGAAAGCACAGCUCCAUCCGUCCCAAGUUCCACUAAAAAAGGCUUCUCCCACUAUCUCUCUUACCCUCGCCCGAGCGUUCAGGCUUUCGUGGGUAACUACAUCGCUCCGCUGGUGCCCAUAUUCCGAGGCGAUUCCAAAAGCGUCGAGAAAAAACCGCUACCGGCAGCCAGUGUAGAGGAAGUGAAGAAAGAGAGUGAAGAAGAGAAGGCAGAUGAAGUCAAGCAGAAGCAGCUUUUGGCUCAAAGAGAGAAGAUAAUAGCCAGGUUGAGUGUAGACAACAGAACCAGAGGCCUUGUGAAAGGCCUGCAGAGAGUUGCUGAAAUCCGGCUCCUCACCAGUCGUGUGGAGGAGCUCAGCUUUCAUCUGCUGGAGUUCCCUGAGACACGAGGCGUGGCCAUCAAGGAGAAGGCGGUACCCUGCCUGCUGCGCUUGCGCCAGGCCACCGACCACCGCCUCCAGGCUGCUGUGAGAGAGGCGCUCGCUCUGAUUGGCUACACAGAUCCAGUCAAAGGCAGGGGAAUUCGAGUGCUGGCCAUAGAUGGAGGGGGGACGAGAGGAUUACUGGCUCUGCAGACCCUUCUCAAACUGCAGAACCUGACUGGAAAACGAAUCCACCAGCUCUUCGACUACAUCUGCGGAGUCAGCACAGGUGCCAUCUUGGCGUUCAUGCUGGGGAUUUUUCAGAUCCCCCUCGAAGAGUGCGAGCAGAUGUACAGGAAGUUGGGCUCGGAUGUUUUCAAGCAGAAUGUUAUCGUGGGGGCCGUCAAGAUGGGCUGGAGCCACGCUUUCUAUGACAGUGAAAUAUGGGAAAGCAUCCUCAAGGAACAUAUGGGUGAUGGACGCUUGAUAGAAAGUGCCAGAGAUCCAAACUGUCCCAAAGUGUCAGCUGUGAGCACAAUCGUGAACCGGGGUCUCCCCCUGAAGGCCUACGUGUUCCGGAACUACAGGCUCAUGCCAGGAGUGAGGUCGCACUACCACGGAGACUGCAAAUACAAAAUGUGGCAGGCCAUCAGGGCCUCGUCUGCGGCGCCGGGCUACUUCCAGGAAUUUGUACUGGAAAAAGACCUCCAUCAGGAUGGCGGUCUCCUGAUAAACAAUCCCACAGCGUUGGCCAUCCACGAGUGCAAGUGCCUAUGGCCGAACACGCCGCUCCAGUGCGUGCUCUCUCUGGGCACUGGGCGCCACGAAACGGUGGGGAAGAACGGAACCGCCUACACCAGCCUCAAAACCAAACUCACCAACGUCAUCAGCAGCGCAACAGAUACUGAAGAGGUUCACACCAUGCUGGACGCCCUCCUCCCGCCCGACACCUACUUCCGCUUCAACCCAUACAUGAGCGAGGACGUGCCGCUGAACGAGAACCGAGUGGACAAGCUGAACUUCCUCAUGGGCGAGGGCGAACGCUACCUGGAGCGCAACGACGCCAAGCUGCGGAAGGCGGCCAGCGUGCUGGCUCAGGAGAAGGGCGGCAUACAGAAACUGGCCGAGUGGGCCAAGCUCAAGGCCGACAUGUACGAGGGGCCCCUCUUUUCCUCUAAACUGUAGGUAACCCAGUAAGGUAAGAUUACCUGGGGCCACCUUUAGGCAUUUAGUUGGCAUGUAGGAAUGCAAUGCCUGAUGUUUAAAUACUGAUCAACUUCAAAAAGACUCUAAUUAGUAUUGUGACAACUAAUUUGAUCAUGUUUUUGUGAAAACUGAUGCUAAUUUACAAUAUUGCACAGCAGUUGUAAGGACGUCAACACAAUUGCCUGUUUUAAAACGUUGCACUGAAAAAACAAACUCAUGCACUUUGAAAGAGGUUGAUUCUUAACCUUUUAUUACAAAAUUGUACAGUAUAUAUUAUUUUGAUGUGUUUUUUUUAUUAUUUAAAUCAAAGGACUGGACCUUUUUAACCAUAGCGGUAAGUUGAAAAUGCAAAAAGGACAUGCAAGACCCUUCAUCUUCUUAUGUAUCUUUAGAUUGACCCUGAAUAUAAGACAACCGCUCUUCCUCAAGCUCCAUUUUUACAAAUUAUGUUUUCAAUAUGAGUGACAUAAUAGCUGAUAGGGGCUGCAAGAUGGCUUAGCAUGUUAGCCUCACACUCGAGUGUCGAUUGCUUGUUCUCUCCGUACUUGUGUUUUUACUUCCCUGCCGCAACCCAAAAUGUAAGGUUAAUUGUUGACUCCAAAUUGUCGUCUUAGACCCUCAUGAGGAAAAGUGGUAUGGAAAAUGGAUGAACGAAUGAAUAACUUGUCAAUUGCAAUUUUAAAUUGUAAAAAAAAUAUAGGAUUUUGUCACUGUAUCUCUCUCCGUCACUGGUGUGCGUGAGUGACCAGAAGAAAAGCUCAAACUCGCUUGAUAUAUAAGACAGUACUUAUAUAGGGGGGGGAGAAGUCUUAUAUUGGGGUCAAUACGGUUUGAUUGAUUGAUUGAGACUUUUAUUAGUAGGUUGCACAGUGAAGUACAUAUUCCGUACAAUUGACCACUAAAUGGUAACACCCGAAUAAGUUUUUCAACUUGUUUAAGUCGGGGUCCACUUAAAUUGAUUCAUGAUACAGAUAUAUACUAUCAUAUAUACUAUCAUCAUAAUACAGUCAUCACACAAGAUAAUCACAUUGAAUUAUUUACAUUAUUUACAAUCAGGGGUGUGGAGGGGGUGGGCGGUAGGAUAUGGACAGCAAGUAGUGGACAUAUAUAGAGAGAGAGAGAGAAAGAGAGCGAGAG